AUGGGAUAUACAAUUUCCUGUGUCAAAAGCUUGCAGGUGUUUCGACCUGGGGGUUUCCAAGGCGGAGGAAUUGAAGGACCUCCUUAUUUGCACCCUCAAUUGAUGCACAGAGCUCAAGCAAAGACAAAUGAUGAUUAUGUCGUCAAGACAUUCAAAAAACUUCCUAUGCUCUACCAAGAGAAGAUUAUAGAAGAACUUUCUGACCAACUUCAUCAACAGGUUUUGGUCAAAAAGUUGUCUGACGAGAGUGAAGAAGCUUUUAGGCUGAGAUGUUUCGUAGAGUUGUUUACGAAGCUUCCAUCGGAUAGCCGCCAAAGUUUCAAUAACGAAUUUCAGUUUCCCUUGAAGCUUCCCUUUCAUAGCUACAACAGAUUCGAGGGAAAUUCUCAUCACGAUACCAGAGGCCCAUCAGUUUCUAGAACAAUUCUUUCUGGGCUGAGUGAAGGACUUGCUCAGCAGAUCGCUCAAGGGCCUUUUGAGGGUAUAGUAGGUGAAGAGUCUUCUUUGACACUGGAUUUCUUCAAGGUGAAAGCCCUGUAUCUGCGAGGAGCACAUGGAGUGGAAGACGGUUCUGCUUCUACAACUACAAGCACUAAAUAA